UGGCACUUAGUUUAUAUAUUUUAGCCACUAACGAAUUUGACAUUUUACUAACUAACCGGUAGCAGUCUAUGCCACAUUGUUGUUACGUUACGUAUGCCGUUUUAAAGCUUGAAAACAUACCACAGCUUUCGAUAGUUUAUUCAUAUUGUGACGCCGUACAUUGCCCGGUAAUUCCACUUUGCAUGUCGUAAAAUGAGACUUCUGCACUGCCCGCUCUUCCGCCACAUUACUGCUACCCACUGUUGCCUUUGUCACCCCAAGACUGUGUCCAAGUCCUUAUGCAGACCAUGGCGGGCUGUGAGCACAGCCUUGAACCAACACAUUCAUGACCUCAGCGGGCCCGAGCAGAGGUUGCUGAAUAAACUCUACACGGGCCUGAUCGGAGGUCAGCGAGCUUCUCUGGCCGAGUCCAUCACGUUGGUGGAGACGCAACAUCCGCGGAAGAAGGAGUUGGCCCAGGUGCUGCUACAGAGGGUGCUGGCCUACAGGGGGGAGCAGGAGAGCCGCAAUGGUGGCAAGCCGGUUGCCUUCAGAGUAGGUCUCUCAGGUCCUCCGGGAGCCGGGAAGUCGACGUUCAUCGAAGUGGUGGGCAAAAUGCUGACGGGACGUGGACAUAAAGUGUCAGUGCUGGCAGUUGACCCGUCGUCCUGCACAACAGGAGGUUCCCUCAUGGGUGAUAAGACCCGCAUGACCGAGCUCUCCCGUGACAUGAACGCCUUCAUCCGGCCAUCGCCCACGUCGGGGACACUCGGCGGUGUCACCAGGACAACCAACGAAGCCGUAGUCCUCUGCGAGGGGGCCGGUUACGACAUCGUCCUCGUGGAGACUGUGGGUGUCGGCCAGUCAGAAUUUGCAGUGGCGGACAUGGUUGACAUGUUUGUGUUGCUAAUUCCGCCAGCAGGGGGCGACGAACUGCAGGGCAUCAAGAGGGGCAUCAUCGAAAGGGCUGACCUGGUGAUCGUGACCAAGUCCGAUGGAGACCUAGUGGUACCAGCCAGGAGGAUCCAGGCCGAAUACACCAGCGCUAUGAAGCUGCUCCGGCGGCAGUCCAAGUCCUGGAACCCCAAGGUGGUCCGCGCGUCCUCGCACAGCAUUGAGGGGAUCUCGGAGGUCUGGGCCAUAAUGGAGUCGUACCGGCAGGCCAUGUUGGCCAGCGGCGAGUUGCAGGCCCACCGACGGGCCCAGCAAAAGGUGUGGAUGUGGACCUUGAUCCAGGAGAAUGUCCUGGCCCACUUCAAACAUCACCCCGCUGUCCGGGAGGCCCUGCCUCACCUGGAGGAGACUGUCAGCCGGGGGGACAUCUCGCCCGGCCUGGCCUCGGACCUGCUCCUCAAGGCCUUUCUGUCAUCGUCCCCGUAGUCAGUGAGGGCUUCGUCCAGUAGAGGGCGCUUGUGCAAUGGAUGCUUUCAAGACUUGACAGCCUAUCCAAAUGGAGGACGUGCGUAUUUGUAGACUGAAACUUGGACAAUCUUACGACACGAAUCACUUUUGGGAUGAACCUAAACUUCUUUAGGGCUCAUCUUAAAUAGACAACUUGCUCUCCAACAAGGAUUUGAGCGACAAAAUACACUACUAGGCAUGGGUCAAUAUUCCAUUUUGAUGGUAUGAUAACUGUGAGCAAAAGUCUUGCGCUAUCACCGUAAUAAAAUUGCAGUGUCUAUCGAACACAA